AUGUCCCCAGGCACGUGGAUGAUGACGGGGAACGGGGUCAUGCACAACGGCACCACCGUGCUGGACGAGUACGGCCACAACCUGGACCGCCUCAAGGCGGGGGACACGGUGGGCGUGGUGCGCAGGGACGACGGCACGCUGCACUUCUUCGUCAACGGCGUCGCCCAGGGCCCCGCGGCCUGGAACGUGCCCCCCAACGUGUACGCCGUGGUGGACCUGUACGGGCAGGCGGCACAGGCCACCAUCGUGGACGAGGGAG